UGACACCAUCCUUUAUAUGCUACUCAUCCUUCUCCCUUUCCACAUUUUCCAAUACGUUCUUGAAAGUUUUAAAUAUAAACCAAAAACAAAAAGGAAAGGAUUUUUUUUAAGAGAGAAGAAAAAGAAAAAGCGCACUCUCUCUCUCUCUCUCUCCCCCCGUGUUUCCCUCUCUUCUUUCUCUCUCUUCCAUUUCCAUGGUGCAACGGCCAGAACACACAGCGUCUCCGGAGAAAAGAUCAGAGAACAGAGCCAGCAGAAAACGGUGAUCGGAGCAGAAUCAGGGUUCCGAUACUGUCUGAAACUCGAAGAAUGCCAAUUUCGAGGUUCCACAUUCGGAGCGAGCACAGCUUGGCCGAUCCGGAGCUCCACCGCGCCGCCGAUAAGGAUGAUCCCGAGGCUCUCCUCGAAGCCGUCGCCAUGGCUGGACUCGUCGGAGUCCUUCGCCAGCUCGGUGACCUUGCUCAGUUUGCUGCCGAGAUCUUCCAUGACUUGCAUGAAGAAGUAAUGGCCACUGCCGGGAGAGGCCACAGUCUUAUUUCUCGUGUUCAGCAACUUGAAGCUGAAGUUCCUGCACUCGAGAAAGCUUUUUUGUCACAAACUCGUCAUCAUUCAUUCUUUACAAAUGGAGGGAUUGAAUGGCAUCCUAAUCUCCGAUCUGAACAGAAUCUUGUUACUCGUGGAGACUUGCCUCGAUUUAUAAUGGAUUCGUAUGAAGAAUGUCGUGCUCCCCCAAGGCUGUUCCUUCUAGACAAGUUUGAUGUGGCUGGGGCUGGGGCAUGUCUGAAGCGGUAUACUGAUCCAUCAUUCUUUAAAGUGGAGUCCUCUGUAACAACAGUAGAAGUUCACAGGGAAAAAAGGAUUCAUAAGGUCAAGCAGAAGAAAGUAUCAAAACCAGGGAAUGGUACAAAACCUGAAGUUGUCUCAUCCCAUGCCAAACUGCACCAGUUGUUCCUUGAGGAGCGCAUUGAGAAUGCUUGCAAUGAUCCUGCACGUCUUGUGAAGUUGAAGAAAAAACAGUUGAAUGGAUCGGCAGUAGAUUCAAAGACUGGGAAAAGUUAUAUGGAGAAGAUUUUUGAGAAUUCCUCACCAGAUCAUAAAAUGGUUUGUGAGGCCUCGAUCACUCCACACCCACUGAGAUCAAUGUUUGAUGCUGAUGACAAUGGGAUUACAGUACUUGAAAUCAGUAGUCUUAGCUCUGUGAAAAGGUCACCAGGAUAUGAAAGCAAAAGAUCAUCACCACUCAAUGGGCAGGAAUUAGAACUGAAACCAUACUCUGAAAUUGAUAGGGUGAGGAAUGGAGAUUUUGUGCAAGUGCAUGAAGAUGUCUUAGGAGCCGUGACACAUAAAACGCCUUUAAAUCAUCCCAAGGUACCUGAUGAGAGACAAUUGGUAGUUGAUGAACAAAAGAACAGAGAAUGCAUCUUGGAUGGUUACCAUUCUGAUGAUGUGACUAGCGAGGUUGACGAUUACAUGGAUGCCUUAGCUUCCAUCGAAGAACUGGAAACAGAAAUUGAGUGUAGACCAAAGAAAAGCUUAUUCCAUAUUCAAAAGACAAGUGAUUCAAAUGGCAAAGAAGAACAUCAACUGCAAGGUCAAUUUUCAGAUUCUCAAUCAUUUGGGGACUCCUUGACAUCUGAAGAAAUUGAUUCAGUUGAUCAAGAUCGAAAUGAUGAACGUACCGAAGUGCAAGCUCAGCUAUCAGAUUCUCAAUCAACACGAAGCUCCAAUGCAUCAGAUGAUAGCAGAUCAUCCAGAAGAGUCAGAAUUGCUGAACGCACCCAACUGCAAACUCCGUUUUCAGAUUCUCAAUCUAUUGGAAACUCCUCCAUAUCAGAGAUUGAAUAUAUGCCAUCCAACCAGCUUGACCAAAAUGUUGAGUUGCAAAGUACUCAUUGUGGUGGGUUUGUCAUGCAUGACAAAGGACAUGUUUAUGGAGAAGAUAUCUCUGGUUUUGGACCAGAUGCUUCUGUUUCAUGUCUAAUGGAUUCAGGACAUUCAUUGUUAUCUUUAGAUCCUGGGCCCCUCUCCUCAAUGUGCCUCCCUAUAAGGACUCAAUCUGGUGAAACACAAUCUGGCCCUGUUGAAACUCAUCAAAGCUUAGAAGAUGAUGAAGACAGGAAGUCACUUGUUGAAUCUGUGAUGAAAGAUGAUGCUUGCUCUAUUGUUUCUUCCAAUAACAAAUCUCUGGAUAGCUUGGAUGUUUGUGAUCCAUGUGUUAGUUCCAAUGCUUUAGAAGUUUUUAAUGAUUUGAACUUGGCACAGGAAGAUGAAUAUGGUAAUCAUUCUGCAAUAACAGUAUUGCAGGAAGAAUCUGCUAAUAAAUACUCUUCUGCAAUUUCGGAUUCCGGUGAUAUGGGUUUUCAAGGAGAGAAUCCAAUUUUCCCAUCCAUGAAAGCAGACUUGAAUUUGGGUACCAAGUUGGCACUUGGCGGCAGAGACUUUAAUUCUGAGAAUGGUGUAAAUGAAAUCCAACACAUCUCAGAGGAUUUGUCUCCUGCUUUGGAGACUCCACAAAUAAGUAACAUUACAGAGGAACUAUCGGAUUUUACUCUAAAUCAACAGGAUGAGCCACAUUCAGCAGAAUCUGAAGUUUUCUGUUCUGAGCAGCAAUCAACUUUUGAAGACAUACAAAGGAUGCUGCUUGCUGAUGAAAAAGGUGGAUCCAAAGUUGAAGAUGAUGUUCAUAUUAAAUAUCUGUCUUCUCUUGAUAACAAUAAGCAGGACAAUCUUGUCUUUGUAAAUGACGUGUCCACUGAAAAGGUUCAUUCAGAUCAGGCUUUUUCUGCUCUUCAUUUGGUUGAUAGUGCUGAAAAUGGUGCAAGUUCUUUUAAUUCUCUGUCCUCAGGUUUUGUUUCUUCCCCAUCAAGGAAUGCUUCAGAUUUGAGUUCUUUUAGUUCCCAUCGGAAUGAAAUAAAAUACAAUGAGGCCGAUUUGACAAAAGUUUAUGUAGGAUUAAAUUCAGAGAAGAGGGUAAAUAAAUUGGAAUCGUCUUCAGACCUCAUAUCAUCUCCAGCUAAAAGGCUUACAGAUUUGGAAGAAUCUACAUUUGCAGAUUCUCACGAGAAAGAAAUGGAAGUCAAUGAGGUACUUCCUCACAAAUAUUUGACAGCCUUAGUGGCACCAAGGGUGGUGGAUCAACUUGAAAUUGGUGCUGCUGACAUACAAUCAAAUCCGAACAGAUCUGUACCCUGUGAUCCAUGUCAUUCUGAAAUAUGUAACAAUAUCCAAGAGGAGAGAAUUCAAAAUCUUUCUGCUGUCAGUGAAAUGAAAGUGGUGGAUUCAAGUUCAGAGCUAGACUCUGAGAGGUCAGAAUCUGUAUGUCUUUCUCAGAAUGAUGUACAGAACAACAAAGAGAGUUUGUCAUCACCUUCCUUUAACCAGCUGAAGCCAGAAACACAUUCAGAGAUGUUCGUGGAAUCACCGGUUAAUCAACGGGAUGCAGAAGUUCAGCUCAGAAAUGAUGGAUACCAUUCGCUUGAGAAAUUUCAAUUUCAUCACCAAUCUUCAAGUCAGUUGGAACAACUAAGAAUCCAUCCAGAUGAACAGUCAUCAUUUGAUUUCUCGUCUAAGUCAUUUUUGCAGGAGACCAGUCCUACCAAGCAUGUCAUGCAUUCAUUGCAUCCCCUGAUUCCGGAGUUAACCAAUAAUCAUGAGGAGAUACCUCCUAUGCCCCCUUUACCACCAAUGCAGUGGAGAAUGAGCAAGGUUCAACAUUCUUCCCUAGUUUCACAGAGGGAAGAAAUAGAAGCAACUCAUGCAUCAUUGCAACCAAUACAGCCAGUUAAACCUAAUGAUAAGUCUCAGUUUGGUUUAUCAACCUCUGAUAGAGACACUAUACUGUAUCAAAAUCCAUUUUUGCCUGUCAUGGCUGUGGAAAGCAGUAAACUCCAGCGUUCUCCUGGGUUCUUAGCUGGUUUACCAGAGCAUUCAGUUGCUAUUCCCUUGCAAUUUCCUAUCAUGAUAAAUAAAUCAAAUAGUCAAUAUAAUUACCUGGUUAUGGAUAAAAGCCACCAUCAGAACCCAUUCUUAACACUACCUGUGGUAUCUACGAGCAGGCCUCCACAUGGAUAUCGUUCUGUUUCUGGAUCUUAUCCAAUCUCUCCACAAGACAAACCGAGUGCGUCUCCAAGUGAAUUAACUGAAAGGAGUAGUUUGGAGGUCAAGGAUGAAUCUGGAGAAUCGCAUUUGAUGCCACCUACUGAACUUGCUGCUUCUGGAAAUGAUCUCACCUCAGCAAGAGAACUUAUCACCCCAAGACAAUUAACAGAAGAGACUAGUAGCUUAGAAGUUAAAACAUUUGAGCAGUCUUCGAUUUAUUCAGAAAGGAAACAGGGAGAUCCCUCUAUCUCACCAAUGGCACCACCAGGCAUAGAAGUUGGGCAGCCCAAUGACAGUCUGUUGCCUUCAAAGGGGGGAACGACAUUGCCAUUGGAUAAAUCUUCCCGAACACCAGAGUUUGAUAAUAAAAUGCCAAAUGGAAAGCCGAAGAAUAAGGUUGUUCGUCCUGAGAGUCCUAUAAUUGAUAUUGCUGCUGCUCUUGACAGAAGCAAGCUGAGAAAAGUUUCGGAACGGGUUAUUCCUCCAAAACCACCCAAGUUAGAUGAAAGAGAUUCAUUGUUAGAGCAGAUAAGAUCAAAGUCCUUCAACUUGAGACCUGCUGCAGCUACACGACCCAUCAUGCAGGGUCCAAAAACAAAUUUGAGGGUUGCUGCCAUCUUGGAGAAAGCAAAUUCAAUUCGCCAGGCAUUGGCUGGAAGUGAUGAAGAUGAUGAUACAGAUAGUUGGAGUGAUUCUUGAGUGGGAAACACAAUACGUAUAAUUCUUUAUCUUACAGGACACUCGGGACAACUUAAGUCCCUUCCAGAGUUCGCUUAAUCACACACAUAUAGGUGCAUGAACUUGGGAACAAGCAUGCAGUGCGUUUAGUAUCACUUCAAAACUCAUCCAUUUUUUCGGUGGUGAAUACCGAUUCAGUCAAAGGCUCAGCCCGUUAUCGCUGACCAAUCUAGACAAAUCAUCCACAUUUCCUUCUUUUUUUUUAGGAAAAAAAAAGUACGUGUAUAUUUGUGUUGAUGUGUUGUGCUUCAUGUUUACCCAAUUUUGUAAUAUAGUGGUUUCUCACUUUGUCGUAAUUGCAUCAUGAACAUGUAUCAUCAUGUAGCUAAUAUGCUUGUGUCCAAUACCAUGGUAUAUUUUUA